AUGAAUGAUAAAAAGAAUAGCAUUAAUAAGAGUGGUAGACACUCUUAUAAUCGGAAUUUAAAGAAAAAAAAUACAUACAAAGAUAAUAACAAUGUCUAUAAUUAUUCUGAAGGUAAUAAGAAAAUAUUCAAAUAUAUGAAUGAUCUUAAAUAUAGCAGCUAUAACAAUAUAAACGAUGGUCAGUCAGAUAAAAGUUCUAGCAACAGUAAACCAAGUAGGAAAAAGAAUCUUUUGAGAAAGAAAAGACAUGAUCAUUUUAACAAAAAAAAAAUGAAUAGCACUCAAAGUGAUCAUCAAUACGAUGAAGAAGAUGAAGAGGAAGAAGAGGAUGAGGAUGAUGACGAAGAUGACGAUGAAGAAGAAGAAGAAGAUGUCGAAGAUGAUGAUGAUGAUGACGAUGAUGAAGAUGUGGAAGAUGAUGAUGAAGAUGUGGAAGAUGAUGAUGAUGAUGAGGAUGAUGAAGAUGUUGAAGAUGAUGAUGAAGAUGAUGAUGAUCGAGGUAGAGAUAGAGAUAUUGAGAAGGAUCAAUAUCAUCAUAAAAAUAAUAAUAAUUAUCCUAUAAACAAAAAAAAUAAUAAUAUAGAUGCUGAUGAAGGUGAUUAUAAGAAUUCUUAUUUUUAUAAUGAUUUAGAUAAGUCUAAUAAAAAAAAUAAAGUGAAUUUAAAAAAUUAUAAUUCUGAUUAUUAUGAUAUAUAUUCAAAUAUAUAUUCUUACUAUGAUAUAUUUACAGAAGAUAAAACUGAUAAAAAGAAGUUUAAAUAUUUCAAUGAUGUCUUUUCUAAUUUUGAUAAAAAAUAUGAAAAUAAUAAUAAUAGAUAUAAUAAUGAUAAAUAUAAUAAUGAUAAAUAUAAUAAUGAUAAAUAUAAUUACGAUAUCAAUAAUAAAAGAAAAGUAGGAGAUAAAUAUAUACAACAACCGACUGUAAGAACUUCAUCAACUAUAGAAAAAACAAAUACAUCUCCAUAUUACAUAGCACAAAAAAAGAAAAAUCUCUUGAGUAGAAGUUAUGGAAGAGAGAAUAAUAUAAAUGAUGAAGAGAAAAUAUCUUCUAAUAUUGCUGACGAUAAUAUUUAUAAUGAAUAUUAUAAUGAUGGUAUUUAUAAUCAUAAGAAAAAUAUUCUUAAGAAAAGUGCUUCAGAGAAUAUGACAGAUAACCAGAAUGUAAAGAAUAAUUAUAUGAAUAAAAAAAUGAAUAAAAAAAGAAACGAGAAUAAUAAUGAACAAGAUAUUCAUAAUAAUAUGGAUGGUGAUCAUAAUGCUUACGUUCAUACUAAUUAUAAUGAUAAAGGAGAUAUGCAUAAUAUAAAUAGUGAUUAUCAUAAUAAUAUAUAUCACAAAAUAUAUAGUACCAACAAUAAUAAUAAUAAUAAUAAUAAUAAUAUUGAUCGUAAUAAUAAUAUAAAUUUUGAACAUCAUCAGAAUUAUUAUAAUAAUAAUGUAAGAAAAAAUGAGAAGAAGAACAAUAAUCAAAAUUUUUAUGCCAACGAAUUUAGUCAUAUGAAAGAAAGUAACUGUGAUUAUAAUGAUAUGAGUGAAUCAAAUAAUGUAUUUAACAACCUGAGUGAUAAUUAUAUAAAGAAUAAGAAUAUGAGAAAGCAAAAAAGAAAGAAAAAUAAAAAAAAAACAACUCUGUCUGAUAAUGAGAAGGGGAAUAGUGAUAUAAGUAGUAGUCACAAUAAAAAAAUAAAUAAUGAUAGGAAUAAUAUGGAAAAUAUGGAAAAUAUGGAAAAUAUGGAAAAUAUAGAAAAUAUGAAUAAUAUGAAUAAUAUGAAUAAUAUAAAUAAUAUAAAUCGUGUGAAUAAUAUAAAUCGUGUGAAUAAUAUAAAUCGUGUGAAUAAUUUAUAUGGAGAAGAUUUAAAUAAUGAUAAUGUUAAUCAUAAUGAUUAUAAUAAAAAAUAUACAUGUUCAAAAGAAAAAUCAGAAAGUAAUAUCAGUCUUGAUAGUUCUUGCUCGUUCGAAUGGGAUUCAUAUUUAGGAAAAGAAAAAAUGAAUGAUAAUAUUCAAAAGAAUAUAAAGUUUUUAAAAAACCCAACAAAAAAAAGAAUGUAUAAACUAAAGAAGAUUGUAGAAAUAUUAGAAUAUACAAUAUAUAAUGAAGAAAAACAAGGAUCAAAAUUAGAAGGGAAAUUAUAUGAUUAUAUAUUACUUACAAAAAAUUUAAAAGAAAAAAUUAUUACUUUAGAAAAUAUAAAUAGUAAUAAUAAAAAUAAAAUGCAAUUAUAUGAAAAAGAUAUAUCUAAAUUAAAAGAACAAAAUGAAGAAAUGAAAUUAACAUUAUCAACAUUUGAAAAUGAAUUAAGUAAUUUAAUAAAUAAAUUUGAUAAAAAUUUUGCUAAAGAAUUAAUUGAUACUAAGUCACAAAAUGAUGUAUUAAAAAAAGAAGUAGAAAGAUUGAAAGGGGAAAUUGAAAAGAAAAAUGGAGAAAUCAAAAAAUUUGAAAACUUAAAUGAUUUAUCUAAAAAAUUAUAUAAUGAAAAUAAUGAUCAUGUUUUAUCAUCUGAUCUAACACCAUCAAAUGUUGAAAACAAAACUGAUUUGAAUGUUGAAAAUAAUCAUAAUGUAUCAUAUAGUAAUAAUAAUAAUAUUAAUAAUAUUAAUAAUAAUGCAUAUAAUGUGGUAUAUAAGGAAAAUGAAACAGAAUCUAUUAAUAUAAAUAAUGUGAAUCAUAAUAAUUGUAAUAAUAAAUAUAUAUAUAAUAAUUCUUCAAAUAAUAUAAAUGAUAAAAACAAUAUGAAUUACAAAGAACAAGAUGUUUUUUUAAAUGAUCUUCCAUUUCAAUAUGGAUGUAGUGAUUCAAUUGAUUACAAUGUUGUAGAUGAAUUUAUAUUAAAAAUAAAAAGUAAUAGAAUGUGUUAUGAUAAGAAUAUCGAAAAAUAUGAUGAUCAAACAAAAGCUGUAAUUUAUGGUUCAUAUCUUUCUACAUAUAUCUUAGAAAAUAAAGAUAUAUGUAAUCAUAAAAAAGUUUUAAAACAUUUACAAGAAUUUUGUCUUGUAGAAUCUAAGUUUUUACAUAUCCAUUUAUGUUUAAAAAAAGAAAGAUGUGAUAAUAUUUCACAAAAAAUAUUAGAAAAAGAAGUUAUUAGACAAUUUGAAAAUAUUGAAUUUGAUAAAAAUAAAGAAAGAAUAUCUGUUAUUAGUCCAGUUGUUUUAUUAUUAAUAUUUAAAAAUAUGAAUAUAAUUAAUUUAUAUAAAAUUUUUAUUUCAUGUUUAAAAUGUGAUAAUUAUAGAUGGUUAAGAAUUAUUAAAAAAGCAUUAUUUAUAAAAUUUUUUGAUUGCACAUUAUUUGAUACAAAAAUUAAAAUAAGAGAUGGUUCACAAAUUAGAGAAAUUAAAUUGAUAAAUAUAUUACUUAAUGGUAAUAUUCCAGAAGAAUAUAUCUCACAAAAUGUAAACAUUAAUAAUAACAAUAAUAAUGAUAAUAAUAAUAAUAAUGAUAGUUAUAUUAACAGUUAUUCUUUUAGAGAACCCUUAUGUUUAAACCAAUUGAGCAUGAUAAAUUAUAAAAUGAAACAUCCAAUAUUUUAUUGCUCAAACGAACAAUUAAAACGAUUUGUUUAUAGAAUGUAUUUGAAUUUUAAUAAAGAACCUAUAAAUGUUUUUAAUGGUGAUAAUAUUUAUCAUUAUGUAUUACAAAAAAAAAACUUGGAUGUUCUAAAAAUAUUAAAAUUAUCUGGAAAACAUUAUAAUUAUAUCUUUGAAAAAAAUAAUAUGAAUAAAACUCCUUUAGAUUAUAUAGAAAAUGAAGAUAUAAGAGUAGAUUUAAUAUCUGGUUAUAUUUUAGAUAUAGCAGGCAAAGGUGCUGAUAAUUAUAAAAGUUCAAAUUAUAAUAUUGCAUAUGAUUUAUAUAGUGAAGCAUUAGAAAAACAAAUAAAAUUAUCAGAAUCAGUUAAAGUAGGGAAAUCAAUGAAUGAAAAUAUUGGUAAAUUAUAUUAUAAUAGAGCUAGGACUUUAAUGCAUCUAAAUAAAUGGAUGGAUGUUAUUGAGAAUUGUAAUAACUGUUUAAAAUAUAUUCCAAAAUAUGUUAAUGCAUUUGAUACACAAAUACAAGCAUAUGAAUAUUUAUUAGAAUAUGAUAAUGCAUUAUUAGUAUAUAAAAAUAUGUGCUUAAAAUGUAAUAUAAAACCUGAUGAAAAAGAAGAAAAAUUAAAAGCUCAAAUAAAUGCUACAUCAUUUCAAGUUUUAAAUAUAAAUAAAAAUUGCUCAAUAUCAGAAAUUAAACAAGCCUUUUCAAACCUUUCAAAGAAAUGGCAUCCAGAUAAAUUAGGUAUACAUAUAAGUCCAGAUAUUAAAAAAAGACAUAAUAAUCAUUUUAAGAGAUUAUUUAAAGCCAAACAAAUGCUACUCAAUGAAAUAGAUCGUAUUAAAGAAAAGAAAAAAAAAGAAACCAAUUAUAUAUAUCCUCAAAUUAUUGAAGAUAUAAAUAAUAAUAAAAAUAACAACAAUAAUAAAAAUGAAACAAACACAACAACAACUGAGAAAAAUCAUAACCAUAUGAAUCAUCUUAAUCAUCUAAACAAUCAUAAUAAUAAUAAUAAUAAUAAUAAUAAUAAUUAUUAUUAUAAUGGACAAACAAGCAAAUCCAAUCUCAGUAAUAAUCAAAAUAAUAAUAAAAGCUCAUCAUAUGAAAGAGACAAAAAAAUUAAUUAUGAUCAACAUGAUGAUAAGGCAUAUAAAUAUGAACAUAAAAAGAAUACAAAUAAUUUUAUACAAUCAAAUGAAAAUAAUAUAUAUAAUACUUCAUCUAAUGAUUUAAAUAAAGAUAUCAACAAUGAUAAUAAUAGUAAUCUUCCAAAUUUUGAUUCUACAAGAAAUAAUGCAUUCUUUUCAACCUAUAAGGAUGAUAUAGACAAAUUCCAAGAAAAAUUAAAAACCUACAACAAAAUAAAUAUCAACAGUAACAAUAAUAAUAAUAAUAAUAAUAAUAACACCCACAAUAACACCCACAGUAAUGAUAAUAAUAAUGGUGAAGAGAAUAAUAAACAUUUAGACAAUAAACUUUCCAAUUUAAAUAAUGAUAAAGUUGAUGAAAACUUUUAUAAAAAAUUAAAAGAAGAAUAUGAAGUUUUAGGUUAUGAUGAAUUAACUAAUCUUAAAACAAAAACUUUUAAUUCUAUAAAUAAUUUAAUAUUAACAGAAGUUAAUUUAAAAAGAGAAUAUCAAGAAUUAUGUAAUAAAGAAAAAAAUAAUGUUAUUAUGAAUGCAAGGCUAUGUAUUCUUCAAGAAAUACAAAAGGCAUUAUGUGUUCGAUUAGAUAAGGAAAGGAAAUUGAAAGUUAUAGAAAGUAUUCUUAAAAAUAAACAAGAAGAUCAAUCAUCUAUAUAUUCAUCAAGAAAUAAUCAUAUAAAUAAUAACAAUAAUAAUAAUAAUAAUAAUGAUAAUAAUUUUGUUAAAGGUAAUAUGGAUGAAUCUAAUAAUAUACAUAUGAAUACAUCUGAUGAAGUUAAUAUAGAAAAAGAUGGAUUAAAUGAACAGAAUAAUAACACUUUGAAUAACAACAAUAAUGAUACAACAAAUGUGUUUCACGAAAAUGUUUUUAACGAUCAAAGGGAGGAUGUUCCUCUUUCUAAUCAUAUGAAUAGUAAUAAAGGAAAUGCUUAUAUAGAUGAAGAACAAAAUAAUUCACUCAACAACAACAAGAAUAAUAAUAUUAUCAAUAGUAAUAAUAUUGUAGAAACAAAUCAGGGUGAUGAUAUCAUUUUCAAAAAUAAUAAUAACAAUUAUGAUGAAGACCAAGACAUGAAACAUAUAAAUAAUAAUGUUUAUAAUAAUACACAUACUGAUCAAUAUAAAAAAGGAUAUCAAGAAGAAUCAAAUAUAUUCAGUAAUAUAAAUUAUGAUAAUUCUAUGAAGAAAAGACAUGUAGACAACCAUAUGGAUCAUAAUAAUAUCCCUAUGAAUGAAUGGCCUGGAAAUACACAAGAAAAAGAAUUAAAUAAUAUAUUUAUAAAUAAAAUCAAAAAUAAUAAUGAUUCACAAUCAUAUAAAGCCAUAAAUAGCAAAACAAGUUUUUUUGAAGAAAAUAAUGAUGUAAUAUAUAAUGACAAAAAUGAAAAAGAAAAAAAUUAUAUUUCAAAUAAAGAACAUCUAAAACAAAAUGAAAAUAACAAUAUAUCAGAAGAGAGUUUUAUAUAUUUAAAUAAUAUUAAGGGGAAUAAAUCAAAUAGUAAUAUAAUGAAUAUGGAUAGUAAUUUAAAUACAUCUAAUAAUAUGAAUAUUUUUUAUAAUCAACAUAAAGAUGAAGAAUAUGAUAUAGAUAAAGAAAGUGAAAUAGAAAGAGAAAAAAACAAAGCUGAUGAUCUAUUUACAACACCUCCAUCAUCUUCCUUUAAAAAAAGUAAUAGAAUAAAUGAAAAAAAUGUGAAUGACAUAAAUGCACAUUUAUUUAAUAGUAAUCAUUAUAAUGAUAAUAUGAAGGAUAAUAUAAAUAAUUCAUCCAUUCCAUCGGAUUCACAAACAAAAGAAGAAUAUAAUUAUGAAAAACAUCUACCAAAAGAAGAUAUUAAUAAUAUGAAUAUUAUUAAUGAAGAAGUCGUUUUUAAUAAUAAAUUUAAUACGAAUGACCACUCUAAUAUUAUUCAUUCAAAUAAUAUAGUUAAAGAAAAUUUUCAUAAUAUAAAAAAAAAAAAUAAUGAUAAUAUAUAUGAUGAUAAUAUAAAUGAUGAUAAUAUAAAUGAUGAUAAUAUAAAUGAUGAUAAUAUAAAUGAUGAUAAUAUAUAUGAUGAUAACAUAAAUGAUGAUAACAUAAAUGAUGAUAACAUAAAUGAUGAUAAUAUAAAUGAUGAUAACAUAAAUGAUGGACCAUAUGAUAAUACAAAAUCAUUUAUUAAAAUGAAUAGUAAUGAAUAUAAUUAUGAUGAAAAUAAUUAUGAAUAUCAUAUGUAUGAUAAAGGUAAUUCUUUUGUUGAUGAAAAUAAAAAAAAUACAUAUCAUUUUAAUAAAAAAGAUGAUGAAUUUAAAAAUAAUGAUAUAAAAAAUUUUAAUGAUAUGCCUAAUCAGACAGAUAAUAAAGAUGAUUUAUUAUCUUCUUCUAGGAUUAACAAUAGUAACCUUUUAAAUAAUAAUAAAAACUCAGACAAAAGUAAUAGUAUAUUUAAUAGAGAUAUAAAUAAUAAUUCUUCAUCUAAUCAUUUAAAUUAUAAUUUUCCAGAUAAUAAAAUAAAAAAUAAUAUGAUGAACAUCACAAAUGUUAUGUAUUCAAAUGAUAACGAAAAAGAAAGUAUUAAUAAUGAUAACUUUUUAAAUUUAUAUAAAGAAAAUAGUAGUAAUAACAAGAUGAUGAGUAAUAAUUUGGAGUCCAAAUUUUCUAAUGACAUGGAUAGAUCCUCACCAUCUUUAAUAAAUGAUAAUAAAGUAGGAGACCAAAAAAAAGCAGUAUUUUAUAUAAAAGAAGAUAAAAAUGAUAAACAAUCAUAUGCAACAUAUGAUAAUAAUAAUAAUGAUGAUGAUCAUUAUGAAGAAGAAAAUUAUGAAAAUUAUGAGAAUGAUGAAAAUGAUGAAAAUGACGAAAAUGAAGAAAAUGAAAAUAAAGUACAGGAACAACAUUAUAUGAACAUGAAUAAGGAAACGAAUUCAAAUACAGAACAUCAAUAUAAUAAUAAUUAUAAUUAUGAUCAUGAUGAUGAAGAUGAUAAUAAUUAUGAUGGUAACAAUAAUAAUGAUAUGAAUUUACAACAUUCCUUCUCAUUAAAUAAUAUAAAUUCUAAUAAUUUGAAUAAAUAUCUUAAUAAUAAUCAUAUGUUUAAUGAUGAUGAAGAGUUUUUUACAUAUGGUGAAGGAGAUUUAUAUAAUUUGAAAGCAUCAACUUGUUCGUAUGAACAUUAUAAACUUAAAAGUUUUUCUAUAUUUCCAAAUGAUAAUCAAAAAUUCAAAAGUGAUAUUUAUUCAAACGAUCGUAAUUCUUCAUAUAAUUAUAUAGAUAAAGAUAUUAAUGUUCAACAAAAAGCAAAAUACUCAUUUAAUGAUAAUAUGCAAAAAUCAAUAUAUCAAAAAAACAAUUCACAAAAUAAUAAAUUCAGUACUUAUGAACAAAAUGAAAAUCCUGAUAAAAUAAAUGAUUUCUCUCAAGAAAAUAAAAAAAAACAAACACAAGAUGUUAUUCAACCAAAAAAAGGAUUUAAAAAAUUCUUUAUUUCUGAUGAUAAACAAAAAUUAAUUGAUCAAAAUAAUAAAAAAAAUAAACUAAAAACAAAGGAUAAAAAAUAA